GCGUUACCUUAGGGAAGACCAUGAUUACGCACAAAAGGACAUAAGAGACACGCGAAGUCUGCAGCUUCAGAAGGAAACGAUCAGCUGAGAUCGAUCUCCGUCUCUUCGCCCAAUGGAUCCUCCUCAGUCUCACAAUUUAAACACUGAGGGGACACAGACGCUGACAGCCAUGACGACAAUCAACCCGCAGACACUUGCCCCUGAAUCCAAUGCUUUUGGCUACUACCAAAACAUGUGGAAUCAUCCAAAUAACUAUUUCCCUUCAAUACAAGGAGGUCCUUUCUGUUAUCAGAAUGAGGGAGCACAGACGGUGGCAACAAUGGCUAUGCCAAGUACACAACCAACACAACCUCUGCCCAUUCCAUACUGCACUGAGAGGCAGGAUAACUUGCAGAUGCAAUUUGCUCAACCGCUGGCAGGUGACAUGACAGCCACGCAGCUACAAUACGCCAACUCCAUCCUCCCACAGGGUGUGGCACAGGGCAGUGGUCCUCGUAACCAGUCGGAACGCAGCUUGAUGAAAAACAGGGAAGCUGCUCGUGAAUAUAGGAGGAGGAGAAAGGCCUACGUGCAAGGCUUGGAGGAACGCGUGGCAAAGCUUGAAAAUCAGAAUAAGGCUCUGAAGGAGGACCUUAAAAAAUGGAAAGAAAUGUGUCAUCAUAAUGGCCCUUGAUUAGGCUGUUAAAGGAGCUGGAUAGACUUGUCAAUGUCACUUAAUUUACUUAAUUUCAAGAAUGCUGCUAUCGGAGGGUGCCAAGGAAGUUAACCAUCUUAUUGACACACUGUGGAGCAACUAGGGGUUCAGCAUCUUGCUGAACAAUAUUUGGGACAGGUCCGAUGAGGAAGCUGGUUUGAACAAGCCAUCACUCAAUACAUUUGACCCGCUCUGCUGCCACAAGAGCACUAUACCAGAAUAGAAAUGGAGAAAAUCAUAAUGAACUGUGCUGGAUCACAUUUGCACUCACUGCUGUGUAUAAUUGUCAGAAUUAUAUUUUGGAAUUAUGUUAUACUCUCGAUAGUAUAUUUUACAAUUACAUAGAAAUUUUUAAAUAUUGAUGUGGAAGAAAGUUUGUAUACUAACUUGAAAACACUUUGUUAGAACAACUUCAGCCUGCAAGAGUUGCCAGG